UCCAAUCUCUACCAAUCUACCCUUCUCUUCUCUUUAUUAUUAUUAUUUUUUUCUGAAAUCAAAUCGCUGAGUGUCUUCCUUUGUUCAUGAUGGUUUUUGGUUAUUGGAGAAGAAAACCAAACUCUUUAAAGGAUACCCACAAGAAGAAGAAGCAGCAGCAGCUACUCUCUUCUAAUGUGGAACUCCUCAUUCCCAACAAUUUUCUUUGCCCUAUUUCUCUUGAUCUUAUGAAAGAUCCUGUCACUUUGUCUACUGGUUUCACUUAUGAUCGAUCAAACAUUGAGGCUUGGCUUCAAGCUGGGAAUUUCACUUGUCCUGUUACAAAUCAGUUACUCAACAGUUUUGAUCUCAUCCCUAAUCAUAAUCUCAGGAAAAUGAUUCAAGAUUGGUGUGUCGAGAAUCGUAACUUUGGUAUCCAACGUAUCCCGACACCUAAAGUUCCUGUUUCUCCUACUGAGGUGUCUCAACUUCUUUCAUGUCUUGCUGAUUCAACAAGGAGUUUGGAUCAAUAUGAAUGCUGGGAUUUGUUGCAGAAAAUCAAGAAAUGGGGCAAUGAAAGUGAACGUAAUAGAUCUUGCAUGGUGGUUAAUGGAGCAAGCUCAGUGUUAGCUUCAACAUUUGAUGCAUUUGCUACGGAUUCUUUCCAAAGAAACGCUAAGGUUUUGGAGGAAAUAUUAUCUAUUCUGAAUUGGAUGUUUCCACUCGACGUUGAAUCUCAAAUAUAUUUAAGCUCAAACAAUUCUCUACGUUGCAUGUUAUGGUUCUUGAGAUGCAGAGAUCUUUCAUCCAAGCAGAACUCCAUUUCUGUGUUGAAAGAGCUUCUUUCUUCAGAUCAACAGCAUGCAGAAACACUAGCAAGCAUUGAAGGAGUUAACGAAAUUUUAUACAGCUUCAUUAAAGACCCAAUUUGCCCUAAAAUCUCAAAAGAUUCUCUAAUGGUUAUAUUCCAUCUAGUUUCACAUCCUUCUUCCAGUGAGAACAUCAGAUCAUCAUUAGUGAAGAUGGGUUUGAUUUCUUCACUGAUAGAAAUCAUUAUAGACGCAGAGAAGAGCACAUGUGAGAAAGCUUUAGUUGUUUUUGAUAAGCUUUGUGAUUGUGAAGAAGGGAGAGAAGAAGCAUACAUUAAUGCCCUAACAUGGCCAGUUUUAGUGAAGAAAAUCUUAAGGGUAUCAGCAGCAGCAACAGAUUACUCGGUUUCAGCCAUUUGGAAGCUUAACAAAUAUGGAAGAAAAGAGAGAGUUAUGGUUGAUGUUCUUCAAGUGGGUGCCUUUCAAAAGCUAGUGUUAGUGUUGCAGCUUGGCUGUAGUGAUGAGACGAAGGAGAAAGCAACAGAGCUUUUGAAACAAAUGAAUCCUUAUAGGAAUAAUGGCUUCGAAUGCAUUGAGUCUGUUGAUUUCAAGAACCUAAAACGAUCAUUUUGAAGAGCUUCCAAGCUUUUGUAAUUCUUAUUUCUUAUGCGUAUUUAAUUAUUAUUUUUCUUCUUCUUCUA